AUGAAAUUUUCUUUCCAGCCGCCAUACGCUUUUUGCCUUAAAGCCUUUUUUUUUUCGGAGAGGGGGAAGAGCAGUUAUCUAUGUAAUUACGGUCUUUGUCGGCCGUUGUUCCGGCCGAGCACUCUCCUUUCUUUGUCUAAUUCCGUCUUACCAGACAAGACGGACUUCUUACCAACCCGUGAAGGUUGUGAGAGACUGAACCAGGUACGAAGAAUGAAUCUAUAUCUGUGCACGGAAGUUGCUGGGCGGCGCGCUCAACUGUUCGAGCGCAAUGCAGUGGUAGUUGGUUCCGAUUCGACAGGGGCAGAAUGCCUGGUCGAAGGUCCAAAGUAG